AUGAGAAUUCUUCAAAAAAUCGACAGACUCUUGGGCAGUAAUGGAGGUUCUAUUGUCGAAUCAUUGUGUAAUAUUUUCAAGAAUCUAUUUUGGAGGAUCGCAAACAUAAUUUUCUCUGCAAAGCCAAGAAAACCAGAACCAAUCCUUCCUGUUGAAAAUCCCAUAGGAUCAAGUCGAAAUCAUAUUUCUUUGCAAAUCCAAGAGAUUUCUUCACAUAGUUCAGAUUCAUCUUUGGACUCGAGCCCAGGUGCUUCAGAUUUGGAAUUGAAGAGGGAUUGCUCAAACACAGAAAAUCAUGAAGUGUAUGGUAACAGUACUGCAUGGCUACAAAAACCGCCAGUCUCUUCUCCAAUUGAGACACUGGACGUCGAGGACAAAGACUCAAACUAUAAUAAGCAGCUGGAAGUGAUAAUUGAUGUACCUUCCUUGGCACGUCACUCUCUUGCCCACAGAAACUCAUUUGACAUUGAGAAAAAUCACCCAUGCCCGACUGACUCUGGAGAGAGAGUUGAGGAAGAGAAGGUAAUAAAUUGUUUGGUGGCCGAAGGGAAAUGGGUAAAACAAUAUAAUAGUUACCAAAGGAUACUUCUUGUGGGUGAAGGAGACUUCUCUUUCUCUGCUAGCUUGGCCGUGGCUUUUGGUUCUGCCCCUUACAUGAUUGCAACUUCUCUUGAUUCUGUUGAUUUUCUGAAGAAAAAUUAUAAGCGUGCAAUGUCCAACAUCGAGAAGCUAAGGAUUAGGGAGUGCAUGGUCAUGCAUGAGAUUGAUGCUACAAAAGUUGCAAGUCAUCACCUGUUGGGAGGAAUGACAUUUGAUCGGAUUAUUUUCAACUUUCCAUUUGCUGGAUUUUUCGACAACUUAUCCCGUGAGGCUACACUGAGAAAGCACAGAAGACUGGUGAGUUUGUUUCUCAUGAAUGCUAAAGAGAUGAUAGAUGAAAAUGGCGAAAUUCACAUUUCCCACAAGACCAAUGGUUUUCAUAUAGAAUGGAAGUUAGAAUCUUUGGCUUCUUCCCAUAGACUCAGACUCAUUGAGGCUGUGGAAUUCAAUCAAUUUGAUUAUGUAGGUUAUAACACCAAGUAUGGAUUUGGGGGUAACAAAAAUUUCAAUUGUUAUCCUAGCAAAACCUACAAGUUUGGUCUUAAGUUAACUACUUGA